GUUGGGGCGGGGCAGGCGAUGGAGCGCCGAUCUGAGCUCCUGGGCCACCUUUGCGCCCGCUGCCGCCCAGCUGCCCAGGAGCCCGGGAGCCCGGCCAGGCGCUCAGGACUCCUGCCCGCCCCACCAUGGUCAUGGCGUCCACCACGUCGGCUGUGCCCCGGCCCCUCUCCCAACCUACGCCGCCCGGCAACGGCAGCGAGGAGGAGCCGCUGGACGCCCGGGACCCGCUGCUAGCCCAGGCGGAGCUGGCCCUGCUCUCCACAGUCUUCGUGGCUGUGGCCCUGAGCAACGGCUUGGUGCUGGGUGCCCUAGUGCGGCGGGGCCGGCGGGGCCGGCGGGGCCACUGGGCGCCCAUGCACGUCUUCAUCGGCCACUUGUGCCUGGCCGACCUGGCCGUGGCUCUGUUCCAAGUGCUGCCCCAGCUGGCCUGGGACGCCACCGACCGCUUCCGUGGGCCCGAUGCCCUGUGCCGGGCUGUCAAGUACCUGCAGAUGGUGGGCAUGUACGCCUCCUCCUACAUGAUCCUGGCCAUGACGCUGGACCGCCACCGCGCCAUCUGCCGCCCCAUGCUGGCGCACCGCCAUGGAGGCGGAGCUCGCUGGAACCGGCCGGUGCUGCUGGCCUGGGCCUCCUCGCUUCUCCUCAGCCUGCCCCAGGUCUUCAUCUUCGCCCAGCGUGACGUGGGAGACGGCAGCGGUGUCCUCGACUGCUGGGCCCGCUUUGCUGAGCCCUGGGGCCUCCGCGCCUACGUCACCUGGAUCGCCCUGAUGGUGUUCGUGGCACCUGCCCUGGGCAUUGCCGCCUGCCAGGUGCUCAUCUUUCGGGAGAUUCACGCCAGCCUGGCGCCGGGGCCUGCAGAGAGGGCCGGGGGGCGCCGCGGAGGGCGCCGGACGGGCAGUCCCAGCGAGGGAGCCCGGGUGUCGGCGGCCAUGGCCAAGACCGUGAGGAUGACGCUGGUGAUCGUGAUAGUGUACGUGCUGUGCUGGGCGCCCUUCUUCCUCGUGCAGCUGUGGGCAGCGUGGGACCCGGAGGCACCUCGGGAAGGGCCCCCCUUCGUGCUGCUCAUGUUGCUGGCCAGCCUCAACAGCUGUACCAACCCCUGGAUCUACGCUUCCUUCAGCCGCAGCGUCUCCUCCGAGCUGCGAAGCCUGCUCUGCUGCGCCUGGACGCGCGCCCCGCCCGGCCUGGGGCCCCACGAGGAGUCCUGUGCCACGGCCAGCUCCUUCCUGGCCAGGGACACCUCCUCCUGAGAAACGAGGGGUGCCUUCCUUCCAGAGGCUCCACGAAGCUCAGCCGCCUGCCCGGGGACAGGCUCCGCGAUCGCGCGGGGGCCCCGGCAGUCAGCUCCUUGGCGCCGCGUGUAGGGAGGGGCUGCGGCG